UUUUUGACUCACGCCUCGGAGCUUCGGUGUCACCGGUAACGUCACUAAUAAUGUAUUUAAAAUCAUAAACACCGUGUAACAAAAUAUAAGAAGGUCAAAUCGAUUAGAUUAUUGUUUUAUACACAGGUGAAGAGAAAACGGAUUCCUCCAGCUGGCACAGGAUGGGAGAGGCGGUGGCGAAUGUUGCGAGGAGAAUCAACACCACGAUGGAGGAUGGGUUAGACACCCUGGAUCUGUCCGACUGUAAGCUAAUCAGUUUCCCUGAUGGUGUCUUAAAGAUGAUUCGUAGCUCUGCAGAUCAAAUACACAAAAUCUCACUGGCUAACAACAAACUGAAGAUUUUAGGUGGCAAGUUUUUCACCAUGUUCACUCAGUUAAGAGAAUUGGAUUUACAGGGAAACACGAUGACUAAACUCCCAGAUGCUGUUGGAGAAAUGCAGAAUCUCACCAGCAUUGAUUUAUCAAACAAUAACUUCAGUGAAUUUCCUGAACAACUGACAAAUAUACACACGCUGAAGAACAUCAACAUGUCAGGAAACCAAAUCUCAGAGGUCCCGUGGGAGCGUUUGUGUGCGAUGUCGUCCCUGAACAUUGUGGAUUUGAGAUCUAAUUCACUUACUGCACCACCGCAGACUACACAGAACUUUACUGUCCUCACAUAGACAUGGAUGAGGAUCUCACUGGUGUAGCUCAGGAUUCAGGGCUACAUCCAAAAUCUUCUGCUACCGUGAUCAUUAUUAUGGCAAAAUAGUACUGAAAUGAAGGUUACUAUAUUUAUUACCCUUUCGGUAAUGAUCUGUUAUUAUAUUCUAGUAAUGUGGUGUUAUUGGGGUGGAAGGUGAUUUGGGACGUGGCCAUGUUAUCAAGACUCGAGGGUGAAUCUGAAGGGAAAACUAUUUGGCUUUGGAAACUUGAAAAAUGUUCUGAGAUUCUGGUUCUGGUUUGAAGCUGCUGUUUCUGCACUAAAUAAAUAUUAGCAACAUGA